CCUUCCCACAUUCUUGAGUGUGACAACUUCCGGGGAGGAGAUACAAAAUUGAGCGCGCGUCUUGCAUGCUUGUCUUGUGUUGGGAAGAAAGUUUCCUUGCUCACUUGCCCAGCACGUCAAUGUUAGUCAUUGUUCCGCAUGACAGAAGAUAUAUCCUGGUCGGCGGGAAGCCACGAAUGCCCAGAGAUUGACCCUGUGACAUUCUACAUCAAUUUUUGUGGUGUUUUAUGGAAUCCCACCGACCGUGACCAACAGGGAACACCAACUUCGAAUCCGCGGAAAAUUGAGGUUUCAUAGGAUAAAAGGGAACGUGUACACACACGUACGGUCCUGCUGUACUUCAGCUGUAGGUGUAACUGUCGCAAUCCGUGCGUGCAGGGCUCUGUUCCCAGUGGGAUUCAAACUCUGUUCUUAUAUCUCUCUUGCCACGGGAACCGUGAGGACGGACACGAAACGUGGCUAGUGCUCGAAACCAGCAGUGAAGCAGCGGCCAGGAGCAAGCAAGUGAAAUGGGACUACCAGCAUAAUUCACAGUACAUAGGUAGCCAGGACAGAAUAGCAUUCUUAAUGCUUUGGUCAACUAUCUAAACAAGAGGGAACCACCAAAAAGUGUGACAGGUGGUCCCAGUACAGAAGUAGUCACUUGUGCAGAUGUACACCAUGACAGUUCCAGAGCUACCAGGGAAGCUGGCUUCUCUGGCCGUGUAUAUGAUAGGAUGCUUUCUACUGAUUCCUGCUCCUACAGCAAGUCAGAUCCUUAUCAAUGAGGUAAAUACAAACAGCCCUGAAGAUAACAACCGGGACUUCAUCGAGUUGAGCGAUGGUGGCAGAGGGAAUACGUCACUAGACAAUCUAAUUCUGGUUCUGUAUGAUGGGGGAACAGAUACAGCAUAUGGAGCAUGGGACUUGAGCAGCUAUAGGACCAACCAACAAGGCUUGUUUGUCAUUGGAUCUAGUUUAAUUGUCCCAACCCCAGACUUGCCUCUUGGUAAUGACAGACAGUUCAUUCAAGGUGGGAUCAGUGCUGCUGUGUUAUAUAGAAGAGAUGGAAGAAACUUUACAGAAGGUAUGCCCAUCCAGACUGACAAUGUUGAGGAUGUGUUGGUUUAUGGGGAAGAGGCUGGCAGCGACAGGGGACUGACCAACAGCUUAACCCCAGGGCAACUUGCUGUUCACCAGGACCCAGGACAUUCCAUAGGGGAUGAGUCUUUGAGCAGAUGCUGUAAUGACAGAGCUGUGUCACUGUCAGCCUUCACCCUCACCACCCCCACACCUGGUGCACCAAACCAGUGUGGUUUUCCCUGUGUCAUCAUCAAUGAGAUCAACAUUGACCAGCCAGGGACAGGUAGAGACACUGCAGAGUUUGUCGAGCUGUAUGACACAGGAAUGGGCAACCAGUCACUGGAUGGGCUGUCACUGGUGUUUUAUAAUGGAGGGAAGGAUACGUCAUACAACACAAUAGACCUGGAUGGCUACCGUACCAAUAGUGAUGGGUACUUUGUCAUUGGCUCUCAAAACAUUCCAAAUGCAGAUAUUGUCUUGGGAAGAAGAAACUUGAUCCAAAAUGGCCCAGAUGCAAUAGCUUUGUAUCAUUCCCCUGCCUCAGAGUUUCCACAAGGCUCCUACAUCACUAGCGACAACUUGGUUGAUGCUGUGGUUUACGGUACAGACGACAGCGUUGACACAGAGCUCCUGAGGAUUCUAUUGCCAGGGCAACCACAGGUGAACGAGAGCCCCAGAUCUGGAGACUUGGACCUCUCCCUGAGCCGAUGCUCCUGCUGUGUUCGUAGGGAUGUCUCCUCCUUCGGGAUGACAGUUCCCACCCCAGGUGGUCCCAACCAGAACUGCUCCUUCAGAAACGAGACGUUUGUAGACAGUACAGUAGCACAUCAGCAGGAGGUACGUGUCAACGAACUCAGUGCACGACAGGUGGGGCAGGAGUGGGUAGAACUGUUUGACGGUGGUCAUGGCAACCUGGCACUAGACAAUAUGGUGGUGGUUCUGUACUCUGGACACAACAGCAGUUCUUACUACAGUAUUGAGCUGACUGGAAACAGGACAGACAGGAAGGGGUACCUCCUGAUUGGUUCUCCAGAUGUGACCCCAUCUCCCCACAUAGUGAUUGACAGAUCAGCUUGGUUUUUGAACAGUCCUGGUGCUCUAGCCGUUUAUCAUGGUAAAAGACUAGGAGAUUUCCCUGUGGGCAGUAAUGGUACCACAGAAGGGCUAGUGGAUGCUGUGGUGUAUGGAACUAGGGAUGUGGAUAGACUUUUGAGCGUUUUGACACCAGAGCAACCAGCUAUCACAGCAAGUACAGGAAAUACUGGCGUUGACACCCUGGCCCGCUGCUUCUCCCAGCACCACUUCAGCCUGGUGUCCUUCACAACUGAAGCUGUCCCCACACCUGCAGCACCAAACAGCUGCCCUCUCCCUCCGCUGGUCAUCAACGAGCUAAAGCUCCUUCCCGAGGACACAGAAUACAUUGAGCUGUCCAGUCAGGGGAGACCAUACUUCCCCCUGCAGAGCAUAGUGGUGGUGUUUUAUAGUGCUGAUGGCUUGUCGUACAAGUCUAUUGGCAUAGACAAGGCCAGGACAGAUGAGAAAGGGCUGUACCUGAUUGGGAGCACAGGAAUGACUCCACAGCUCUGACUUCACGGUGCAGCCACCUGCAUCAGGCUUCAUCAAGAAUGGCCCAAAUGCAGUUGCGCUGUAUCAGGGUCGGAGGACAAGUUUCUUACGUGGUACCCUGGCCGCAAACGCCAGCCUAAUCGAUGCUGUGGUGUACAGUUCAGGUCAGAACACUUCCCUUCACAACCUGACAAAUGUGUUAACACCCGGAAGGAACCAAGU